AAUUUGUCAGAGAGAAGCCAGGGUCAUAAAAGAUGGUCCAUUGUGUUUGUGCAUCAUUUGAUCAUAAAUUUUCUAACCCCAGAACCCAGUUAUUAUCUAGUUCCUCAAAUUUACGAACUCAAUCUUCUUCUCCUUUCCCUGUUUGUUUUAAUAAAUUGCAACUCUACACUCCAACGUAGGCUCUUCAAUGUUCACUGGAGAACCGAAAAUGCAAGUACGCUGUUGACUGAAGACCCACUAGACCUUAGGAGGAACAGACAGAAUUCUGGCGGGGAAUUUACUUGAAGGAAGCCGUGGUCCCAACUGCUUGCAAUUUCAUUUCAAAAGAAUUACAUAGUCUCUAAGUCUAACGGCACUCUUUGCCAGAGUACAGAGCUGAAAUAAAUCAUCUCAUUCAAUGCACUCAACUACCCAAAAACCAUCCAAUUCAAUUCUUCCAUCACCAGCAACCUGGUCCCAUUCUUAGAAUGCUACUGAUAGAAGUUUGGAUACAUCAAAACGUGGAGCUUCACAUUCCGUAAAGAAGAAGGAACAGGAUGAACCACAUGCAUCACCACUUUUAACAAGAACUUAUAGGGCACAGAGCCCUCUUCAUGAUCACCCUAGUAAUAUCAACAAGAAUGCUUCAUCGAACCACCGAGCCUCCUUGGAAAAAGAUAUUGAGCAGUUGCAGUCACGCCUGCAACAAGAGAAAUCUAUGCGCUUGAUGCUCGAGAGAGCAAUGGGAAGAGUUUCAAGCACCUUAUCUCCAGGACACAGACAUUUUGCUUCCCAGACAAAGGAGCUGAUUUCUGAGAUUGAGUUACUCGAAGAGGAGGUUGCUAAUCGUGAGCAGCAUGUGCUCUCUCUCUAUAGGAGCAUCUUUGAGCAUUGUGUAAGUCAGCCUCCUUCUGGGCAAAGCUCAAGCGUGGCUUCUCCAGCUCAUACAAAGCAUGUAUCUAAGAAACAUCCAAGUAUUAUUUCAAGUGCAUUUUGCUCAUCAAAAAAGUUCCCUUUGAGACCUUUGCAAGCUCUUGUUUCUGUAAGUGACUAUGGGAAAAGAGCCUGUAAGACUAAUGACGCUCAAUCCUAUGGAAAAAGUGAUAUUCAGUUUGAAAAGACUUGUUCAGAUCCUCUCAAGGAAGAAGAAAAGGUUCCAGCCAUGGAGAAAACUUCUAUGCUACAAACUCUGAAAGAUCAUCUAUAUCAGUGCCCAAGCAAGUUGUCCGAGGAGAUGGUCAGGUGUAUGGCUGUAGUAUAUUGCUGGCUUUGUGGUGCAGCUUCCACCAAUCCUGGAAAACAUCGAUCCCCUCUAUUGUCGCGGUCAUCAACUAAUGUUUUGCUCCCUCGACAUGUUUCUGGAGAAGAAAGUGAUUGGUCUUGCAAGUCCACAGUUGAAAUAUCUUGGAUAUCAACUGACAAGAGCCAAUUCUCUCGUGCAUCGUAUGCGAUCAACAAUUAUAGAAUUCUAGUAGAACAACUGGAAAGGGUGAAUCUGAGUCAGAUGGAAAGCAAAACUCGAGUUGCAUUUUGGAUCAACGUGUACAACGCCCUUGUUAUGCAUGCUUAUUUAGCAUAUGGGAUUCCACACAAUUCUCUGCAAAGGCUGGCAUUGUUUCACAAGGCUGCCUACAAUGUUGGUGGCCAUAUCAUAAGCGCAAAUGCAAUUGAGCAAUCUAUAUUUUGCUUCCGCAAACCUCGAAGUGGACGGUGGAUUGAGUCCAUCCUUUCAACUGCAUUGAGGAAAAAAUCUUGUGAAGAAAGGCAAAUUAUCAGUUCAAAAUUUGGUCUUCCAAACUCUGAACCGCUUGCCUGCUUUGCCCUUUGUACUGGAGCAUUUUCAGAUCCCGUGUUAAAAGUCUACAUGGCCUCAGAUGUUAAAGAGCAACUAGAUGUCGCAAAAAGAGAGUUUCUUCAAGCAAAUGUAGUUGUAAAGAAGUCGAGGAAAGUGUUUCUGCCAAAAGUGGUAGAAAGGUUCGCAAGGGAAGCCUGCAUUAGCUCAGAUGAUCUUCUCAAGUGGGUUACUGAAAAUGUUGAUAAAAAGCUCCAGGACUCGAUACAAAAACGCAUUGAUCAGAAGUCCAACAAAAAGGCAUCUCAGAUUAUUGAGUGGUUGCCUUACAGUUCAAGGUUCCGGUAUGUAUUCUCCAAGGACUUAAUGGAAAAGCCAUGGUGUGGGUGUGGAUUUCUCUCUUCUUGCUUAAAUUCAGGAGGAAUCUCAAUGUAAUUAGCACAAGCCAUGAAGCAUGGCUAGUCAGCUGGGCACAGAUAUUUCAAAACACGACUACAAAAUCUUGUGAUACAUCCAAAUCUUUAGAUGUUUCAUUAGCUGAUUGGAUUAACUUUGACAUCUUUAUUCUCAUAAAGCAACAUCCUUUUGGGCUUAAA